CGGUCUAUUACUUUGACUAGCAGCCCCAGUUAAUCAACCUCAGGCAGAUGGAUGAAAACAUUUUUUUAAAAUAGCGCGAAAUUUUCAGGAUUUACGACCCAAGAUCACUUUAUAUUGUCAUCUUUUUGUAAAGUUUGUUGGCCGAAAGCAAGUCCUAGCUAACGUUAUGUCUACAAAGAAACUGGCCAAAGAGCUUGGAUUAAUAAGGCAGAGGAGUCAGUCCUCUAAUGGGUCAAAGAAAUCACUGUUAUCAAAUCAAACAUUUUCCUACCUGAUUGUGAUUGAUUUUGAGUCAACAUGCUGGAGAGAGAAAAACAACUAUGGCCAGGAAAUUAUUGAGUUUCCUGCUGUUCUGCUGAAUACAUCUACAGGGAAAGUUGAGUCUGAGUUUCAUACCUAUGUUCAACCCCAAGAGCAUCCCAUUCUGUCAGAGUUCUGCACCGAGUUGACAGGGAUUACACAGAUGCAAGUUGAGGCAGGGAUCCCCCUUCAGAUCUGUCUUUCGCGGUUCAGCCGCUGGCUCCAAAGCCUGCAGCUCGAGAAAGGUGUGGUCUUUCCCAACAGACAACAGAAAUCUUCUACAGCUUCAACUUCUCCAAAGCUGUGUACUUUCCUCACAUGGUCAGACUGGGAUCUCGGAGUUUGUUUGCAGUACGAAUGUAAACGAAAGCAGCUCCAUAAACCUGAGGUGCUCAAUAGCUGGAUAGACCUGAGAAGCACCUACAGGCAUUUUUACGACAGAAAGCCCAAAGGCCUUAAUGGGGCUCUACAGGAUCUGGGAAUACAGUUUUCAGGGAGAGAACAUUCUGGUUUAGAUGACUCCAGAAAUACAGCUCAGUUGGCAGCGAGGAUGAUGAGGGAUGGGUGUGUGAUGAAGAUCACUAAGAGCCUAGAGAGGGUGCCCUCAGUGGUUAAACCCAUGUUUGGAUACACAACUGCAGACAGCAAAAAAGAAAACUCCAACACCAAUAAAGAAGAAAACACAUCUACCUCAAACAAACCCUCAUCAUCCAAGAUUCCUCGCAAAUCAUGUCAGAUAAAAUCUAGUUCAGGCAACAUUUCAAGGGAUUUGGACACAAAGGAGAACUCUGAUCAAAUGUGUCAGAGCCUGAUCGCACCAAAAACACUGCUGAAUGGUAUAACUAAGCCACUAUGGGGAUGCAGCAGGAGGUCAGUUACAGCAGAGGCUGUUGCUAAUAUUUCUUCUUCAGUUCUGAUAAAUUGUCCUUCACCUCACAACAAAAGCAGCCUUGUUCUGUGUUCUACCAAUGUGGGCUGCCUUUCAAAUCUGCCUCAGCCAAAGCAGCCCUCCGAAACAGAAGCAACAGCUGCACAUGUGGAAGAAGAGGAACUUUUAGUGGAAACAGAGGACAGGUGUGGUUCAUAUGAUGAUGUGGUGUUGGAGGGGGAUGAUGCUGUCAUCAGUGAAACGGAGGGAGAAUUUCAUGUUGAUUAUGUGUCAGAUUUUGGCAGAGGAUGCCAUAUGUGGGAAGAGUCUGAUGAUGCACAUGGUUCAGCAGGCGGUCAGGUCACAUUAGGGACCGCAAUUAGAGAAACAGUGAGUGUUGCAAGCAGCUUUAAGAUAACCAGUAAGUCAUCAAGGAUGUCUUUACCCACAAAGAAGAUUAAUGUGUCUAAAAUCAGACAGUAUUCAACUUUCUCAGAGCCCGAUUCUUAUUUUGCUGUGCCUGAAAGUGUGGCUCAGGACAAGUCAAAUCAGCAGAAAAGGGGACUUGGAACUUCUCUACAAGUACAAGAAAAGUCCAGUGGCUCUCAUGAAAUCUCUAAAACAAUCACACCGUCUCUAUUCAGGCACAAACCCUUCAUUCCAAAAAACACCUCCACCCCUUUUACCUCAUUUGUCAUGCCCAAAGCAGUCGUCACUCAACACACAAAGCCAAAACAGACUGCAAAACCUUCCUUCUCUAUCUACACUGACCCAGCAAAACCCUCCUGUCCCUCCUCAUUUAGCUCUAAGAAUGUCCUCUCCUCUCUGUCAACCAACACACUCUCCUCAAAUCCAAAUCGUUCUUCCAUCUCUGCAACGAUGAAAGGAGCACAGAGGAUCACGUCCCCACUGUGUGGGUGUGGGCGUCGUGCAAAGCGCCAGGUCGUAUCCAACGGUGGUCCGAAUCAUGGACGAGGCUUUUUCUGCUGCCCAGUCCGCCGGUCAGGCAGCGGAGGCAGGAUCCAGAAGGGCUGCGAGUUCUUUAAGUGGGAGUCAGCUCUGAUAAAGAGCAGUUCAGUGGUUGCUCCUGCUGUCGGGUCUUCUGUCUCACUCCGUCAGUUUAACUCGACUCUGAGCAGUCGUCCACCCCAGAGGUCAGUUCUGAGAAAGAGCUAUUAACUGGCUGGAGAAAUGGCUGACAGUGGACCUCAGUCAACAGCUCAAUAGAUACAAGGGAGCUCUCUUUUUUAUACUACACAGCAGUGCAAAUCAAAGCUGUGAUUUUUACUGAAUGUUCCAUUUAAUUUAUUGAAUGUAGUUUGGACAAUUAAUUCUUGAAGUCAAAAUGCACUCAAAAAUAUUUUCUGUAAUUGCCAUAAUUAUUAAGUGAAUAUUUCAGAAAAUAUUGUUUGUAGUCAUUUUUAGGACAUAAAACUGUAAUAAUGAACAUGAAUGAAUAAUGAUCAUUAACUAAUUAAAUUUCAAUGUUAGUGAUGCUGCUUUUUAUUUAGAAAAUAAAAUCCACUCAAUAAUGUAGACUAAAAAUAAUGUUUUUAUGUCUUGUACCAUAAUUAUAUUAUAUUUUGGAAAUGUGCUUUGGAGAUCAAAUGAAACAUUGAAUAAAAUUAAAAAAUUGAUGAUAAAAAGUUCUGUUAUGCUGGUUUUGCACAUUACCAUACCACUACCUUUUUCACUACCCUCAUUUUAGUCUCUGUAGCUAUACAGUAUGUAUAUAAGUGACUAUUUUUUUCUUGUAUUUCAAUUUAUUCUAUUCUAAUUUAAAUAUGCGUACCCUAUAUAUGUUUCAUUGUUGUGUAGUAUGAAGGGGCUACAACUUAACAACUGUAAAAUGACAAAUUAAAUUAGUAAAAUGGCAUAUAAAUACUGUAUUAUUAGUAAAGGUCCUGUUUUCAAAAUCUAAGUUAAGUAAAAGUAUUAGCAUCCAA